AUGGGUUGCAUCAGAUCGUGGGACACUUGCGUGACAAAGGAGUACAGCUUUCACUAUCUGGAUUCUGACUUCAUGGUCAUCAUUGAUAAUAUGAUGAAUCUAGAUCUGUUAUUCUAUGCAGCUUCGAAAACGGGCAACAAUGAGAUGUUUUCCGCAGCAGUCCAGCAUGCUCGUACGACAUGUCGGACCCACCUACGGUCCGAUGGUUCGACAACACAUUUGGUAGUGUUGGACCCAGAAUCUGGCGAGAUAAAACAUCGCCUCACGAACCAAGGUUAUUCGCACUCAUCUUGCUGGUCCCGCGGUCAAGCAUGGGCGAUAGCAGGGUUUGCGGAGACGUAUCACUGGACAAAGGACGAGGAAUUCUUACGCACAAGCCAACGGGCCGCCGAUUACUUCCUUAAGCGCUUGCCAGAGAAUGGUAUCGUCCCUUGGGAUUUUGAUGCGUUGGAGCUUGAAGGCUUAUCUCAGCCGUCUGACUCUAGUGCAGCCAUUAUUGCGGCGUAUGGUAUGCUGUUGAUCCACCAAGGCCUUGUUGAUCUUGGGCAACCCUCAGAUUACCUGGCGGCAACGCUGAAGAUUACUCAAACGAUAUGUGCUCAUCACAUGAGUUCUGCAGCCUCCUGGGACACAAGUGAGGUGGAUAUAGACACUGUUGAGUGGGGGCAUGUAAAGAAAACCAUGCAGAAGGUGAACAUGGGCGCCGGGGACACAAUCCUAACAGGUGCAACGAUCAAUAACUUCAAACAUGCACCAAGAAGAUGGGCCAACCACGGCCUCGUCUACGCUGACUAUUACUUUAUACUAGUUGGAAACAAGUUGCUGGAAAUGGGUAUCGAUCCCUAUGGUCUUCUUGUCAAGUAA